UUGUGAAGUACUUAACAGAAGCAAAAAUGUUCAGACACGCCAGUACAGCAAAGAAGCGCCUUAAUUCACAUUUUGUGGCCCGGGUCAGAGGCUUGGAAGUUGCACGGGGGAGGUCAGGGUAUGGAUUCACCCUAACUGGGCAAGCUCCCUGUCUUUUGAGGACUGUUCUGAAGGGGAGCCCUGCAGAUUAUGUUGGACUGAGAUCAGGAGAUCAGAUCCUGAGUGUGAAUGAUAUCAAUGUGUCAAAAGCAUCUCAUGAGGAUGUGGUGAAGCUGAUUGGCAGGUCCUCUGGGGUCUUGCGUUUAGUCAUCGCAGAAUGUAGCAGUCACCGGGACUCUUGCUCCAGUGAUGAAGAGCUUGGAUUUCAUGAAAGCAAAAACUACUGGCUGAAGCCAAAAGUUGAUUCUAAAACCUUAGGGAUCAAUAGAGCAGAGAGGGUUGUUGCAGAAAUGCAGUCAGGGGGCAUUUUUAACAUGAUCUUUGAUAAUUCCAGUCACUCCUCAAGCAGCUCAGAUAAGGCUGCUGCUGCUACUGCUAAACCGAGGCCAUUGUCAGAACCCGAUUUCUCCUAUAGCACAAGGAAUGGAUGUUCAAAUAGCAACCCAGACCUGCUUUCAGAGGAGGAAAUGGCCAAAGUGCUGCAUGAUGACUCUGUAUUUAUUGGCAUGUUUGAAAAUCAGGACGAGGAUUUUGCACUGGAUGCGAGUGUUCUAAAUGUUGGAAUGAUUGUAGGAUACUUGGGCUCCAUUGAACUUGCCUCCACAAGUGCAAACCUGGAAAAUGACAGUUUACAAGCAAUUCGUGGUUGCAUGAGGCGCCUGAGGGCCGAGCAGAAGAUUCACUCGCUGGUAAUGAUGAAAAUAAUGCAUGACUGUGUUCAGCUUUGCAACGACAAAGGGGCUGUUCUUGCUACGUACCCAGCCGAGAAACUGGCAUUCAGCGCUGUUUGCCCAGAUGACAGAAGAUUCUUUGGUUUGGUCACUAUGCAGGUUACAGAUGACUACAGACUUGCAGAAGAAGUGGAGGGUGGACUUAGGACCUCCUGCCAUGUUUUCAUUGUAGACCCAGAGCUCUGUCCUCACAAGAUUCACCAAGGCAUUGCCAGACGCUUUAAUUUUGAAUGCACCCCAGAUCCAGACACGAAUGGCUGUCUGGAGUUCCCCCCGAUGUCACAGCCACUCCUGCAGUUUGUGUCUGUUCUUUACCGUGACAUGGGGGAGUCUAUUGAAGGGAUGAGGGCCCGGGCCUUCGCCGAUGGAGACUUAGAUGCCCAGCAGAACAAUAGCACAAGCAGCAACAGUGAUAGUGGGAUUGGAAAUUUCCUACCUGAGGAGAAGAGUAACCGGGUUCUUCUUGUUGAUUUGGGAAGCAACCCCAACAGACACAUUCCCAGUGGACCAUGGGAAAAUUCACAAACCAGGAACCUAAGCCAGGUUAACCGGAAUGGAUACCGCCAUGAGCAAGAAGGGAAAUAUCACUUCUCCGAGCUACCCCACCCGGAUCCUCCUCUGCUCGCUGGCAGGCAUCUCGGUCCCUCUGCGAGGAUCGAGGUUCCCGCCCAGCCUCCACAGCCUCAUUACCCUAACGGUAAGCGGACAGGUGUGGCCGGAACCGCUCACAACAGCGGUCACCGAUGGCUUCCCGUGCAUGUGCUGCAGGACUGGAGGCAAGGCAACGCCAGCGACCAGGAGUCCUACGCCGAGUCCACUGACGGCUGGUCCAGCGCAAACUGCAGCACCCUGCCUCCUCCGAUGAGCAAAAUCCCGGCCGACAGGUACAGAGCGGCGGGGGAAAUCGCUCGUCCUUGCAGAAUUGCCGCUGAGAAGGAUGAAUGGGCCAAAAAGCUGUUUGGAGCAGAUAAAGUGUUUGGGGACCAGCAGACUGGAAAGCGCAGCAAAGAUAGGGAAAAAAAGGGUUCGAGGUUCGGAGGCAUCACCGCAGCGUUCCCACAGCUGACGCAACGUUCCUCCGGCCGCCGCUCCUUCGGACGCUCCAAACGCCUCAGCCUGGCGCGGUCCCUCGAUGACCUGGAGUCUGCGGCGGUCUCAGAUGGCGAGCUCAACAGUGUGGACCUGAAGGGCUGCGGAAGCGACAACAGUCUGCACAGCAACGCCAGCCUGCCCAGCGUGCAGAGCCACCGCCGGCACACGGAGCGGCGUGUGGCCAGCUGGGCCGUCUGCUUCGAGCGGCUGCUGCAGGACCCCGUCGGUGUCCGCUACUUCUCGGAAUUUCUAAAGAAAGAAUUCAGUGAAGAAAAUAUCUUAUUUUGGCAAGCCUGUGAAUUUUUCAGCCACGUGCCUGAAAAUGACAAGAAGCAGUUAUCCCAGAGGGCACGGGAGAUCUACAACAGCUUCCUGUCCAGCAAGGCCACCACGCCGGUCAACAUCGACAGCCAGGCCCAGCUGGCCGAUGACAUCCUCAACGCCCCGCGGCCUGACAUGUUUAAGGAGCAGCAGCUUCAGAUUUUCAACCUGAUGAAGUUUGACAGCUACAGUAGGUUCCUCAAGUCCUCUCUGUAUCAGGAGUGCAUACUGGCGGAGGUGGAGGGCCGUCCUCUGCCAGACCCCUACCAGAUCCCCAGCAGCCCCGCCUCCUCCAAGCACAGUGUCAACUCUGACCGUUCCAACCUGUCCACACCCAAAAAGGUAGCUGCAAAGGCCAAGCCUGGGAAAUCACAGAACGAUGAUUGCAGAGAGGAGCACGUUGACAAGAAAAAAGGGAUUUUCUUCUCCUGGUCAAGAAACAGGAGUUUUGGGAAGGGACCGAAGAAAAGAGACAUCACAGACUUCAAUUAUGAUUUCUCUGGCAGUAAUGGCAGGCGUGAGUCCCAGGGUUCUUUGUCUUCCGGCGCGAGUGGUGACCCCAGGAACGCGGCGUCUGCGUUGGAGAAGGAGAAAUCCCAGAGGCACUGCAACAUCAACCUGCCGGACGGCACCUGCUGCCCGGUGCCCAUCCGGCCGGGCGUGUCCAUCAGAGAGCUGCUGUUGGGCCUGUGCGAGAAGCUCUGCAUCAACCUGGCGGCCGUGGAUCUCUUCUUGGUCGGGGGAGAGAAGCCUCUAGUUCUGGACCAAGACUGCAUAACUCUCACUUCACGGGAUUUAAGAUUAGAGAAACGCACUUUGUUCAGAUUGGACCUUGUACCCAUUAACCGAUCUGUCGGAUUGAAAGCCAAACCCACCAAACCAGUCACAGAGGUUCUGCGUCCUGUCGUUGCUAAAUACGGCCUACAGUUGAGCCAUCUGGUUGCCAAAAUUAGUGGGGAGAAGGAGCCUCUGGACCUGGGCUUGCCCAUAUCCAGCCUGGAUGGGCUGAGAGUCGUGCUGGAUGUUGCAGACCACACUUCAGGGAAAGAAAAGCAAAAAGUGGUGUCGUCAAAAAGCCAUGCGCCGCCUUUGAAUGCCAGGAGUCACUCGACAACAGGAGAUGGGAAACCUUCAGGAAAGUCCUGCUCUGAGAAAGCCAGAGGGGAAAACAGCCAGGCUGCCAGGGACACCCGGCAUUUCAGAAAAGAAGAAUCAGUUGAUAAAGUGGAAAAGAGAAAACAGAAAAAGAUUAAUAUAGAUGAAGCUGAAGAAUUCUUCGAGCUCAUAUCCAAAGCUCAGAGCAACCGAGCUAACGACCAGCGGGGUUUGCUGAACAAGAGCGACCUGGUUCUGCCGGACUUCCUGCGGUUGGCACCCGAGCCGUCCUGUUCCACCCCCACCUCCCACAAGCCGGGCCCGCGCCGGGGCCGGGAGAACAGCGCCGGCAGGGCCCACCGCAACGCCCUGAACGCCAGCCACCACUCACAGAGCCUGGACUCCUCCCUCGACUGCAGUGCUAAAGGCCCCCCAGCAGGGCGGCGACGGCAGGCGCUCAUGCCCCCUGGCAGACACAGGGCCGAGCCCCACGGCCGCGCCCCCUUCGCCGCCCCUCUCUCCCCCAUCCCCCACUCCACAGACUCCAGGGCCCGGCCGGAGAAGCCGGGCGACGCCAUCCAGACAGUGGAUGACGAGAACCUGGCAGACUUGACUCUAGUGGGGGAGGGAGACAUCACCAGUCCCAACAGCACCCUCCUGCCCCCCUCCCCCAUCCAAGCCUCUGACCAGGGCAGCCUGCCCGAAGCCAACUUCACGCCCCCCUCGCCCUGCCAUGACACUGACGAAAGCUGUGUGGACGGCCGGUCCAGCUCAGGCACAGAGAGGAGGGCAAGGGGAAGGGCGUGUGCUCCUGUGAGCCCCCAGCAGAGGGCGUCCUCCUCCGGCCCGCCGCCUGCCGGCCGGGUCAUCGACGUGGACGGGGUGCGGCUGGAGGACGCCUCGCACAGGGACUCGGACCUCAGCCUCAGCUUCGAGGGGUACGUGACGGAGCUCCGUGAGUGUCAGGGCAGGAUGAGGAGCGGCGUGUACAAGACCUCCGAGCUGCCAUCCUUGCUCACCGUCAAGGCCGACAACGGCAAGGCUCCCGAGAGCACAUAUAAGGCCACGUUCGUCUGAGGGGGGGGGGGGGGGGCCUUGAACCGCACUGUGUUAGCACCAGAGACUGCUGCAGUCACCUGACACACAAAACCACUGCUGUAAAUGGGCCAUGUUCUGAAUAUAUUGUACAUACACUCAUCAUCUAAGCACUGAAAUUUUCCUUCUGGAAAAACUAAAAUAGAUUUUUUUUUUAUUUCUUUCCCCAAAAUGUAAUUAGAUGUUACAAUUUUAAUGGUACUGUUGUUGUGUAAACCUUUUGCUUGCAUUCACAAAAGCCAAGCUAUGGUGUCAUCAAAAAGGGAAAUAUACCUGGCAGAUGGGUGAAUUUACCAGUGUUCCAAAGCCAAUAAGGUUUAGUUGCACGCAUGUUCCUGGCAAUCUUGUACCGCAGUUUUCCCAUGCAGUUAACAAGUGAUGUUAUCGACAUUUAAUUUCAGUUAUGUAUCUAAAGAUAUUUCGAUUUUCCAAGGAACUGUUCCAAGGAAGUUCCAAGGAACUGUAAGCAGAUGUUAAUAUGCUGAAUACUUGAGCUGUGUGUUUCCAUAAAGCAGAGGUGUACAAGCAGUGAGAGAUUGUAUGUUGUUCUAUCUACAUUGCUGAACAGACCUUCAUUGUGCCUGGCUGUCUCUUUGAUGUCAUGUAAUUUGAUGUACUGCAGCUGUUUCUGAUAGAGACCUCUUACUCAACCUCUGCUGUGAACUUUUUAGCAUCAGUAACAUUUCACUGACUCAGUACCAGAAGCUAUGCUCGCCAACCAAGUUUCAUGCUAUGAUUAACAACAACAGUAAAAAAGGCUAAAAUAGCUAGCUGUAGAUCUGGAACGAUGUUAGCUUUACCAUAGAGCGCAUCGCUGUUUUUGUCAAUGAUGCAGAAUUCCAGCCUUCCACAUGUAGGCUACACCACUAGUAAUCCUGUGUCUCCUUAUGUUUAUAUACUGUCACACUGUGUGGCCCUCUGUACAGUACAUGUACAUAAUAGCCUAUCAUCUUCUAGAACAUGAACUGGAUAUUAAAGCAUUGCUCUGUGUGUAGGUUUAGGAGUCACACUACAAAGGACAAAAAGUGAAAUCAUCCAACUAAUGCAGCAGUGUAAAUUUUAGCAGCACCCUUGUGUGG